GCGCGGGAGGCGCGGCCGCGGGCUCCGAACUGGUUGGGACGCCGGGUACAGGUUGCACUUGGUGGGGCGCAAUGGCCGUGUGGGGUGAGCGGUUGGCCGGCGUGCGCGGAGUGCUGCUGGACAUCUCCGGCGUGCUUGUGGACAGCUGCGCGGGCGGCGGCGUGCCCAUCCCAGGUUCAGUGGAGGCGGUGGCGAGACUGAAGCAGUCCCAGCUGAAGGUGAGAUUCUGUACCAAUGAGACACAGAAGUCCCUGGGAAAGCUAGUGGGGUUGCUUCAGCAACUGGGAUUCGACAUCUCCGAGAAGGAAGUGACUUCCCCAGGACCUGCUGCCUGCCAGAUCCUAAAAGAGCGAGGUCUGCGGCCACAUCUGCUCAUCCAUGAUGAAAUCCGCUCAGAAUUUGAUAAGAUCGACACAUCCAACCCAAACUGUGUCGUGAUUGCAGAUGCUGGUGAUUACUUUUCUUAUAAAAACAUGAAUAAAGCCUUCCAGGUGCUCAUGGAACUGGAGAAUCCUGUGCUCAUAUCACUGGGAAAAGGGCGCUACUACAAGGCGACUUCGGGUUUAAUGCUGGACGUUGGAGCCUAUGUGAAAGCACUUGAGUAUGCCUGUGGUGUUGAAGCCGAGGUGGUGGGGAAACCUUCCCCAGAGUUCUUCCAGAACGCCCUGCAAGUGAUGGGUGUGGAGGCCCACCAGGCUGUCAUGAUCGGGGAUGACAUUGUAGGUGACAUCGGCGGUGCCCAGAGAUGUGGAAUGAGAGCACUGCAGGUGCGCACCGGCAAGUUCAGGCCCAGCGAUGAGCACCAUCCAGAAGUAAAAGCUGAUGGGUAUGUGGAUAACCUGGCGGAGGCUGUGGACCUGCUGCUGCAGCACGCGGACAAGUGACAGGCCUUCAAGAAGUGCCCAGCCCCUUCCACCACUGCCCCCAACCCCCAUGCCUGGCACAGGCAGGUAAGGGCAGCUCUAAGCUGCCUUGACCCUGGGCCCAACCAGCCAGGCCCCUUCUCAGCCUGCUGGGCAGAGGUUUGUCCCCCUGGUGAGGCCCAGGAGGUGGCUCGGAUCAGCAGGCCUCUAGAGAGUGCCCUCACCCAAAUGAGUGGCUGAUGAACACUCACCCUCUCCAGAAAUAAUGCUGGCUCCUGGCUCUUCCUGUCCCCACAAGACAGCAUGGCAGACAAAGGCGGGGGCAGGUUGGUGGGAGGCACUUCAAAGAUACCCUCUUCCAGGAGACUCUCAGCCUCUCUAAUCAAGCUCACAGGCUCAGAAAGUACUCUGGAGCAGCACUGGGCACACCUUACUCUAUGGUGCCCGGUAUACCGGAGAAGCUAAUGGCUCAAUAAACUCAGCUUUGACUGCCA